AAUUGUUGAAUCAUGUCACAGACCUGCAACUAAUAUACCACUGUUAAUGAUACUUAAGGGGAAAACUUGUUAAAGCCAAAACUUCAUAAUUCCUGGUGAAUCUGAUGCUACUAGUGAGGAAUUAAUGCAGUUGGUCACGAUUUUCACAGCAGUGGUAGGUGCUAUUCAUGCCCUUCCAUACAGAAGGUGAGGGCUACAGUGAGUUAACCACAUUCCCUAGGCGUUGAAUAAAAGAUGGUCAUCUACACACCUGUCAUCUUCACAGUUUUUUUUUAAAGCAGGUACUGCCCGUUCAAAAACUGGACUCAUGUUAACAGACAUUUGUACUAUAAAGAGGGACAAAUAUUACCUAGUUUCUUCCUAGAAGAUACCAUGACUUAAAGUUUUGUACCGACAAAGAAUAUAGCGCUGCAAGUGCAGCGAGAGGCACAAGAGGAGGACCUAUUUUUGCCUGUGAGAGGCCUCCUACAAGGUUUCCGCAAGAUCAUAGGACGCAAGCCCGUUCACUGCCUCCUGCCGCCAGCGGGCCCUCGGGGAUCCAAGCAGGAAGCAGGUUGGCCUGGAGUCACGUGGGUGGGUCUCAGCAGCCUGGCUCCCCUAACCGGCCGGAAGUGGCGCGCGCGCGCCUGCUCAAUGCGCGCUAGCUGGGAAGUCCUGUCCCGGCCUAACGAGUGCCUCGCGAGUCGCCGUAGUGCUAGCUUGCUGGGCGGCGUGUGCCGCUUAUGGAGGGAGUGUGUUCGUCGGGUGUUGCGGACGCAUCGGAGUGUGACGUGGAUCUCCGCAGGCUCGGCGGAUGCUGGCCAGUUGGAGGAGCAUUGCUUGGUCCGCGUUGCAGCCGAGGAGCUUGAGCAGAAUGUUCACAUCUUACCACAGACAGUUCUUUACAUGGCUGAUUCAGAAACUUUCAUUAGUCUGGAAGAGUGUCGUGGCCACAAGAGAGCAAGGAAAAGAACUACUAUGGAAGCAGCAUUUGCCCUUGAGAAGCUAUUCCCAAAACAAUGCCAAGUCCUUGGGAUUGUGACCCCAGGAAUUGUAGUGACUCCAAUGGGAUCAGGUAACAAUCGACCUCAGGAAAUAGAAAUUGGAGAGUCUGGUUUUGCUCUGUUAUUCCCUCAAAUUGAAGGAAUAAAAAUACAACCCUUUCAUUUUAUUAAGGACCCAAAGAAUUUAACACUAGAAAGACAUCAACUCACUGAAGUAGGUCUUUUAGAUAACCCUGAGCUUCGUGUGGUCCUGGUGUUUGGUUAUAAUUGCUGUAAGGUGGGAGCCAGUAAUUAUCUGCAGAGAGUAGUCAGCACUUUCAGUGAUAUGAAUGUCAUCUUGGCUGGAGGCCAGGUAGACAACCUGGCAUCACUGACCUCUGACAAAAACCCUCUGGAUAUUGAUGCCACUGGUGUGGUUGGACUGUCAUUUAGUGGACACCGAAUCCAGAGUGCCACCGUGCUUCUCAAUGAGGAGGUCAAUGACGAGAAGACUGCUGAGGCUGCAAUGCAGCGCCUCAAAGCUGCCAGCAUCCCGGAACAGAAUACCAUUGGCUUCAUGUUUGCAUGUGUUGGCAGGGGUUUUCAGUAUUACAGAGCCAAGGGGAAUGUUGAGGCUGAUGCGUUCAGAAAGUUUUUUCCUAGUGUUCCUUUAUUUGGCUUCUUUGGAAAUGGAGAAAUUGGAUGUGAUCGCAUAGUCACUGGGAACUUCAUAUUGAAGAAAUGUAAUGAGGUGAAGGAUGAUGAUCUGUUUCACAGCUAUACAACAAUAAUGGCACUGAUUCAUCUUGGGUCAUCUAAAUAAAGCCAUCUGUAAAGUGGCUUUCACAAUAUAAAACUUUUGGGCUCUGCCUUUCCUAGAAAAUGGAAAUGGGAUAUGUCUAUUUCAAAAAAAAAUAGUAACUUUAUAUGUAUCAGUUUUAUAGCUUUGACUAUAUCCGGGGUAGUUUUUAAUUAAUUAGAUGGACAACUUUGUACCUAACAUAAUGCACACAGAAUUGAGAGCUUUUGCGCCAAACCAAUUAUGGCUAUACUGUACUGGAUUAUGUAGCUGCUAUGUAAUGUGAUGUAAAUAGUCUUCUGCAUAGGAAGAUUGAAAGAGGAUUCAUCAAUAGGAUGGAGCUUUAAGACAUUCCAUGACUACCUCUGAACUAUUAGAUCUUUUAGCAAAAUCAUGAAGACAUUUUUUUCUCCCUUAAUGAAGGAGAAACAUACAUGAAUAGCUUGAGAAAUCUUUCUCUGCUUUACAGUUUUACCGGUUUUUUUAGAAGCUGUAACAAAAUUAUUACUUUUUACUUAUUUGACAAAAAUUAAAGAACUAUUUUUGUUCUAGUACCCUGAAGUUGCUUAGUCAAAUAAAUUGCCAAGACUAAUCAGUAUUUUAUUACUUUAUAAGGAAAACAUUUCCUUUUCCCUCAAUGAAGGAAUUGUAAGAGAAGAAUCCUUUUCACCUAAUUCUAUAUAGAACUGGCAGACCAGACAAUUACAUCACCUUAUUUUGGUCUUAUACCAAUAAAAUGUACCUUGGAAACUCA